GGCCGUGCGGCGCGGCGCUGUCGUGGCGCUGCCGGUGAACGAGGCGGGCGGUGCAGCGGCGGCCAGGCCGAGCUCCGCUCCCGCUUCUUUUGGCUCGGCCGUCCCGCUCCUCACCCUCCUCCUCCCGACCCUCCUCGGCGGCUCCGGGCACAGCCAUGCGGCGCGCGGGGCUGGGUGAUGGGGCGCCAGCUGGUAACUAUGGCUAUACUAACAGUGGGUACAGUGUAUAUGAAGAAGAAAAUGAAAGGUUAACAGAAAGUCUGCGCACCAAAGUCAGUGCAAUAAAAUCACUUUCUAUUGAGAUUGGAACAGAAGUUAAAAAUCAAAACAAAUUGUUAUCAGAAAUGGAUAAUGAUUUUGACUCUGCAACUGGACUUCUAGGUGCGACUAUGGGCAGACUAAGAAGGCUGUCCAGAGGGAGCCAGACAAAACUAUUAUGCUACAUGAUGCUCUUUGCAUUAUUUGUUUUUUUUGUAACAUACUGGAUUAUUAAACUCAGGUGAUGCAUGUUGUCUCAAGUUUAAAUUGUGUAAUUUCAACCAUCAGUCUUAAUUAAUGACAACGUUGAUUUAAACUGCCAUAUUCUGUUGAUAAAACACAAUGAAAGUAUUGUAAAUUGCAUUAGUACUUAAUGCAGUGUUAUAUACAGUUUUCUUGAUGUAUUGAAAUUUCUCCCACUGUCCCCUGUUUUGGGGGGGAUUAUUUAUAAGUACACAGAAACUACUGGCACUCUUAAGUUGCUUUUUUUAGAAUAAAAGAGUUUACAGAACUGGUUAAAAAAAAUACAAGAGGAAUCAAAGAACUCCCCCAAAACCAAAGGUUGUUCAGAUAUGAAAUAAUUGCAGAACUACGAGGCCUUCGCUUUCAUUUUGCUUUUCAAUCUGAGCCAUGCUCUAAAUUAGAGCUCCCUAGGUUUCAGAACUUCUGGGUUUCAGAAGCAUGACCAAUAGUUGGAUCUUUCAAAAUUGGUUUUAUCUGUAGGUUUUUGGAAGGCUGGCUUGAGAGUAACAAAUGUAAUGGUGGUACCCCCCAAAAGUGAUUUUUGUGAUGCUAGGUUGAUGGGUCUAACGGUCUGCAUGUUUAAGUAGCUUAAACAUUUUGUUUGGAGGAGAAGUUACUUAAAACUGGAUCUUCCUUUUAAAUGUGACAAAUGAUGCUUGCCUGUCUGUUCUGUUAAGCAAAUGCCUUUGAUCAUUUGGUUCAACAAAUUUGGAUACAAUGCAAAUGUUUCCUUUACAUUUAAAGUACUCAAAACUUAAUGAUUCCAUUGAAUCACUGGAACUUGUACCAUUAGCUCAUUUAUGUUUCAUUCUGUGAGAACCCUCAAUCUACUCUGCAUGAUGUUUGAAUAUGAGGUUGAAUAUUUUAGAUUUUAUAUUGAUAAAUGUAAAUAUUAUGAAGCACCUGUUGGAGGUGGUAGCGUAUUAAGGUUGUUACUUCUAACACUUAGCUUUAACUCACAAAGUAGUUUCUAAUAGUUGAAAGUAUCACAUCACUGGGUUCGACAGAAAAAUGUUGUUUUCUAGACCUUGAAAUUGUAUCUACAUUUUUAAAAUAAUUUUUUUAGAAAUACUGUAUAGCAUACUGCCAUUAAUAAGUUAAUUAUGAGCUGACAAAUAAAAUGUCCUGGAGUAUU